UGACAGCUGUAUUUAGUAGUGAGUAUAUUUCCAAUAAAAUAUUAACAUUGUUGUGAUAAUGUCGUAGUCAGCAAGUACCCUAGAUCAUACGUGUAUAUUUAGGUUGAAUCAUAACAUUACGUGUAUAAAAAAAAAACGUAUAACCAAUAAGUGAUAAUAAUUUAAAUGAAAAUUUUAUUUAUUUAUUAAUUGUUGAUAAAUAUAAGUAUAAGUAGACAAAUAAUGUCAAAGGAUAAUUUAAAUAGUGAGGAAAUCCUGACUGAUAACAGUAAGAGAAAAAAAGAACGAGAUGAUUAUUUUUUAAAACUGGAAAAAUGGUUACAAGAAGCCUAUGCAUGGCAAAGUGCGGCUGCUACUGUUCCGUAUUAUUUUAUGUCUGGUCAACUGUUGCAUCAAACUGGAUCACCGGGAAAUCAAUCACAAGCUAGUGCUACUGUUAGCAGCACGACGUCAAUAAAUACCCCUACUUCACAAUCAACAAGUUCAAGUGCACAGACUAAUCAGCAGGCUGAUCAGUCGAGAAAUAAUAUUUCCAAUGGUACUUCCAACAGACCUGAUGGUAUUGAGUAUCAUAUACCACCAAUAUGGAAACGUUUUGUAGCUGAAUUAAUAGAUUCUUUAAUGUUAUUUGUAUUAAAAUUAGUUAUUACAUUUGUGGCACUGGAUAUAUUUGCUGCAAUGAAUAUGGAACCUUAUACUCUUGAUACACUACAGAGUAGUUUGAAAAUAGUCGAUUACAAAAUGGCAAUUGAUGUUGCGUCGACAAUAUUAAUUUGGGAAUUGAUGCAUCGUUUUAUUGUUUGUGUAUUUGAGGCAAUAUUUAUUCAACACGGUAUGAAUGGUCGGAUCGGUGGAGCAACACCUGGCAAAUCACUAAUGGGUCUUCGAGUUGUACAGUGUCGUACAAUAACGCCAGUUGAUCGUCAAGACGGUAACGAGGUUGUACUAGUAUCGCCUGGUACCGAUUUAGGUCUACCAUUAGCACUAGGACGAUCGAUUGUUAAAAAUUUAAUAAUGACUCUAGUGUUUCCAAUCUGCUUCUCUUUAUUUUCCUUUAGAUUCAAUCGUACCGGUUACGAUCUCGCUUGUCAUUCUAUUGUAGUUGAAGAUCCUUACAGAAAUAAUAAUAAUAACAAUAAUUAUAAUAUUAAUAAUAAUAAUUUAAAUAUUAAUAACAACAAUCGUCCUCAUCAAGAUUAAAAUAUAAAUUUAUCAAGUACGAAAAUGUUUUUUAUAUAAAUUUAAAUAUUUUAAAUUUUAAAUGUAAAAUCUGUACAUACAAAAAAUAUAAAUAUAUUAAAUAUAUGUCUAUUAAAUUA